UUUUUUUUUUAUUUUUUGAUCCUUUCUUAAAUUAAACAUCACUCUAUCUCAUAGAUCAUGGUCAAGUUAUGUGUACUUUGUAAUAAACGAAAGGCAUUUUUGAAACGACCCAAGACAGGACAACAAAUCUGUCAAGAAUGCUUUUUUUAUGUUUUUGAAACCGAAAUUCAUCACACUAUUCAAGAUACAAACCUUUUUCAAAGAGGUGAGCGAGUAGCGAUCGGUGCUAGUGGAGGAAAAGAUUCUACCGUACUUGCACAUAUUAUGAAGACUCUUAAUGAUCGUUACGACUAUGGAUUAGAUCUUUACUUAUUAUCAGUAGAUGAGGGUAUUACUGGUUAUCGUGAUGAUUCACUCGAGACAGUCAAACGCAAUCAACAACAAUAUGGAUUACCACUCAAGAUUGUUUCCUACCAAGAUCUUUAUGGCUGGACAAUGGACGAAAUUGUGCGUGAAGUAGGAAGAAAAAAUAACUGUACUUAUUGUGGUGUUUUUAGAAGACAAGCAUUGGAUCGUGGUGCAGUUAUGUUGGGUGUGAAUCAUAUUGUAACAGGCCAUAAUGCAGAUGAUAUUGCUGAAACCAUUUUAAUGAACAUUUUCCGUGGUGAUAUUGCUCGAUUAGGUAGAUGUACAGAGAUUGUAACUCAGGGAGAGAGUAACAUUAAGAGAUCAAAGCCUUUUAAAUAUACAUAUGAAAAGGAAAUUGUCAUGUAUGCCUAUUUUAAGAAAUUGGAUUAUUUUUCAACAGAGUGUAUUUAUUCACCAGAAGCUUAUCGUGGAUAUGCUCGUACAUUUUUAAAAGAUUUGGAAGCUAUUAGACCUAGUGCUAUUAUAGAUAUUAUUCAUUCGGGUGAAGCAUUUGAAAUCAAAUCGGGCACAAAGAUGCCUUCACAAAAGAUUUGUGAACGUUGUGGAUACAUGUCAUCUAAUGAAUUAUGCAAAGCAUGUUUAUUACUAGAAGGCUUAAAUCGUGGUUUACCACAAUUAGGUAUUGGAAAGACCUCUAAAGCACGUCGUGAACAAAUUGCAAAUGCACCACCUAUGAGUGAAGCAGCUGUUAAAGUUCAACAUUUUUCAGAAAUUAAAAGAGAUGAGGACCAGCCUGAAUAUGUUCAACCUAAGAAUCCUAAAGAAGUGUACACACCACCACCUCGAGUUCCUGGUGGUAUUUUACAUGAUGCUCAUUUAGAUAAGAGAGAUAUGAGUUGGUAGUAAUAAUAAUAAACGUUAUACAUGUGAUAUAUAUACAUAUAUUAUUCAUACAAGUCAAUCAAAUAUACCAUUAAAUAUAGUUUAAAAUAACUAUUUUACACAAUUUUAUGUAUAUUUGAUAUUGAAAGAAAGUAAAAGAAUAUUAAAUAGAUCAAA